AUGGCGCCUCGCAGUCGGCGGAGCGCGGCCGCUGCAACUGAAGCUGUCCAAGAGGAGGAACAACAGGAAGAGGAGCAGCAGCAGGAAGGGCAGGAGCAGCAUGGCCUCAAGAAGCUCCGUUUUAAACAGCCCUUGGUUGGCCGCCCAGGCAAGCCAGUGGGCGUCAGCGACCUCUUGACGCGACUAAAGGCACUUCUCGAUGAACUGCGCACCAUCGACCAGGAAGAGGCCCACCGCGACUCGCUCAUGCCCGUCGCCGAGUCGCUCGCCCAUCACAGCCUGCUGCAGCACAAGGACAAUGGCGUGCGCGCCUGGACCGUGUGCUGCAUCGUCGACAUGCUCAAGUUGUUUGCGCCUGAUGCGCCCUAUCCCGCAUCCAAGCUCAAGGAAAUCUUCUCUGUCAUUAUUCACAAGCUUCUUCCCCUCCUCGCCGACCCCUCGCACCCAUACAACAGCCAACACAUGUACAUUCUGCGCUCGCUCGCCGAAUGGAAGAGCAUUCUGCUCAUCAACGAGAUCCCGGGCUCUGACCAACUCACCUCGGCCCUUUUCACCACCUGCUUCGACGUUCUGUCGGGCCCCUCCAAGGCCGAGGACCUGAGCAAGAACAUUGAGCACAACAUGACCGAGGUCCUCUCCACCAUUAUAGAUGAGGCCCCAUCAGUAACCCACGAUGUAGUCGAUGUCAUAGUGGCGCAGUUCCUCUGGGCAGAUCCCAUCACCCUCGGUGCUUCAAAGGGCAAGAAGAGCAUUCAAGUAGAUGCUAAGCAAUCGACGCUGCGUCGCAAAGAGGCUCCACCCGCAUACAACAUGGCCAAGAACGUCUGCAACUCGUUCCCAGACAAGAUGGCGCGCCUGAUCGGCAAUUACUUUAGUUCCGUCAUAGUCGACUUCACAAACUCUGGGACAAUGUACAAAGCCCAUGACGCCGAUGACGACUUACCAAAGGGCCCUUCCGAGGAGGAUUUGAACGAGGCGCACAAAGCGCAUCGCCUACUGCGCGAGCUGUGGAAAUGCUGCCCGGGUGUCCUCCAGGACAUCAUCCCGCACUUACAGGACGAGCUCGCCACAGAGAACGUGCAGCUUCGUCAGCUUGCAACCGAGACCUUUGGUGAUAUGAUCUCGGGGAUUGGUGCGGCAGGCCCUCCUCCUCUACCCGACCUUGAUCCAGUCGCAUACCCCUCACAAAGUCUGUCGCGAACAGAGACCGCGCGGCCUUUUGAUUAUCUCACUACUCCUGUUUCCAUCAACUCGUUUCCUACACAAUACCCUGUUGCAUAUCAUUCAUUCCUUCAGCGCAAAAACGACAAGUCGGCCGUUAUACGCGCCUCGUGGACUACCGGCAUUGGCCGCAUUCUAAUGACAUCAGCUGGAGGAAUUGGUCUUGAUCUCGAAGAAGAGCAAAAGCUACUCAAACAUUUUGCUGAAUGUUUGAUUGACAGUGACGAAAAGGUGCGGUUAGCAGCCGUCAAGGCAGUUGCACACUUUGAGUUCAAUGACAUUGUUCGCAAACUAGGUAGCAACGGCGGCAUGGCCGAAACUGGCUCUAUCCUUUCCAAUCUCGCAGAUCGCGUCAAGGACAAAAAGAGCGUUAUUCACUCUGAGUCCAUGAAACUGCUUGGUAGGAUUUGGGGCGUGGCGGCUGGUGCCAUUGCCGAGGGCGACGAAACUAUCAAGUCACUUUUAGGUCCGAUCCCUUCACGCAUUCUCGAAGCUUGCUACGUCAACGAUCUUGAGAUCAACGUCCAGGUCGACUUGGCGUUGUAUGAUUCGUUGCUCCCUCUCGGAUACCCGCCUCUGAAAGCAAAGGCAGCGCCCAACUCACAGGUGGUCAAGGAUAGCCAAACAGCAAACGAACAGAAUUACACCGAAGCAGAUUUGGACAAGAUUCGGACCGAGAGGCAACUCGUCCUUGUCAAUGGGCUUGAAGAAAAGGCCAAAAAGGUUUUCUUUGCCAAGCAAGGAAACCAAGGCCCAGGCGCAAAGUACAUGGAGCAUUUCCUGAAGUUGUGUGAAGAAUACAAUGGCGGCGUGACUGAUAAGAGCGGAAAAGAUGUUACAGCCAACCUCGAAGGCCUCAUUACCUACUACGCAAAGACACUUCCGGACUCGACUAGGGUCAGGGACGAUCUUUGGAAGUUUGCCAAGACCCAUGAUCGCCGCGCCUAUGCCCUCAUACGCUUUUGCAUGGACCCAGCCAGUGACUACCGCAAGGUUUACAGGUCGAUCAAAGAGCUCAGGAAGAGGAUCGAGGAUGGACCUGGUGCAUCUCUGCUUGACACCCUCACCCCACUCCUCUAUCGUGUUAGCCUAUUGUGUUACAACAAGAGCCAUGUCCCGGCUGUUAUUGAGUUCACCAGAACCGACAACAAAGGCCUUGGUGCCACUGCUCAUGAGCUUCUAAAGGAGAUAUCUACGAAGCACCCCAAGGUGUUUUCCACUCACGUGAAAGAUCUAUGCAAGACACUUGAGAGCGAAGCACCAACGGCGACCAAGCCGAAUCCUCCUGGUGCUGUGGACGACCUCAAGGCUUGUGCCGCAUUUGCAAGGAAGUUUCCAACAGAUAUUCCCAUGAACGGCAAGGAUAGCCGAAAAUUGGUGCAGAGUUUCUUGAACUUUGCAUUCUAUGGCACACCUCCACAAGCUGCCAAACAUGCGAUCACCAUCAUCAUGAACAGCGACGAUAAGAAGGAAAUGCACGCAAAAGAGAUUCUCACCAAGAGCAUCAAAGGCUUCGAAUAUGGUGGUGCACAUUGGCUAACAAAGCUGGCUGCGCUCAGCCAAUUAGUCCUGCUAGCUCAGUCAGAUUGUGAAGAUGAGAUGGAUGCAGUCAUUGAAGUAGCGAUUCAGGAAGUCCUUCAAAAACCACACGCAACAUCCGCCGAGGCUGAUGCUGAAUGGAUGGACACACCCGAUGCCGAUAUUCAAGGUCGAUCCUGGGCCAUCAAGAUUCUCGUCAACCGACUCCGCUCGUUACCUGCAGAAACGACCUCCAAGGAGGCUGUGCAGGACACAUACACGCUAUUGAAUCGCUUUGUGCAGAACAAUGGUGAGGGAUCCACUGACGACAGCACUCCGGCUGCACACAAGUCGCGUCAGCGCCUCCUUGCAGCCAACUCCCUACUCAAGCUUUCUUGCCAUAAGCGGCUCGACCCCUUCUUGACACCUGCGAACUUUGUUCAAUUGGCCCUUGUGACGCAUGACCCUUGCACCCAAGUACGCAAAGGCUUUGCUGACAAGCUGAUGAAGUACCUUGGCCAAGGUCGUCUCCCCCCCCGCUUCUACACCAUACUCUUUUUCCUCGCGCAUGAUCCGGACAAGAAUAUCAAAAACGGUACAAUGACCUGGAUUCGUGCACGCCGCGCUGCCUUUGCUGCACGAAAAGAAACUGUUCUAGAGUCGGUGUUCGCGAGAUUGUUGAGUUUACUUGCCCACCACCCAGAUUUUGACACCGAAGAUGAUACGCUGAAGCUCAUGUCGGAGUACAUCUUGUACUAUCUAAAGUGUGUGGCAACAGAAGAAAAUUUGCCUCUCAUCUUCCAUGUUGCUCAACGUGUCAAAGGCGUUGCAGACGGAAUUUCGCCUUCACGACAGGCUGAUGAGAAUCUGUACAUUCUUUCUGAUUUGGCCCAAGCCCUGAUCCGUUCAUGGGAAGAGCAAAACAACUGGGCUAUGCAAUUAUACCCAGGAAAGAUGAAGCUCCCGUCUGGAAUCUUCCGACCUCUCGAAAGUCAUGAACGGGCACAGGAAAUUGCAAUGAAAACAUGGAUCGGAGAAGACUUGGUGGACGAGCUCGAUCCCCUUGUACGCAAAUACAUCCGAAAUAAAAAGCGGAAGGCUUCGGAGGGUGCAGAAAAGCCACGCAAGAAGGCCAAGGGUGAUCGGCCUAUCAAAGAGAAGAAGGCUAAGGCAGACCGACCUGUGAAAACACCCAAGAAGAAGAGGAGAAGCGGUGACGAUGACGAUGCUAGCGACGUUGAUGGUGGUGUCGCUCCAUCAAGUGGUCCCCGGAGGAAGAGUGAUCGGCGGAGCACUGUGCACAAGAGUUAUGUUGAGGUAUCAAGUGACGAUGAAGACGCCGAGGCUGGUACUGGGGAAGCUGAAGAAGAAGAUGUGGAUGCUUCUGAGGACGAAGAAGCUGAGGACAAAUCAAGUCCCGCACCUGAAGAAGAUGUAGAGAUGGCUGAUACAGAGACACCGGCUGAACAGGAAGCCGAAGUCACUGCUGAGGCAUCCGAGCCUUCUUCAGAAGCUGAGCCUGAGCCUGAACCCGCGCCGGUCAGAAAAUCAGCCAGAGGCAAAGCUGCGGACAAGACCAACGGUGUCAAGUCUUCUCCUGUUCAAAAGCGCAAGGUUGCUGAGCCGGCCAAAGAGGACACACCACCCAAAUCAGCGAAAAGCGCAACAAAAGCCAGAGCAACGAGAGCCAAGGCAAAUGGAACUGCAGCGGCAGUCCCGUCAAGCCCAACUGCCAAUGGCACGCCCAUUGUGCGGCGCAGCGGUCGCGCUCGUGCCUAA